CGGGGCUGUUCGGAGGCCCCUCAGGCCGCCCCCGGCGCUGGGGAGGCGGCGGCAUCAUCAUCAUCAUCACAAUCAUCAUCAUCACCACGACCACCAUCACCUCCCGUCUGGCAGCCCCGGGCGUUGCCCCAGUGUGCAAUCUCUUCGUGUGGCGCGGUGAAAGGGUUUUAGGAGUUAUCCUUUGGCUGUCCUGCUUCCCGUAGCCCGGCGUUCAGGGAAGGAGAGAGGGAGGAUGUCCUUGAAGCCCUUCACCUAUCCGCUGCCUGAAACAAGGUUCCUGCACGCUGGCAGGGUCGUCUACAAAUUUAAAAUCCGCUACGGCAACUUCAGCAACGCUCCCGAUCUCAGUCUUGCUGAAAGUGCUGCCAAGGAGUCAGAGGAAGUGAUUCGAGUAAUCCUUGGAAACCUUGAUGACUUACAUCCAUUUUCUACAGACCACUUCACUGUCUUUCCCUAUUUGAGUAAAUGGGAGAGAGUGUCGAAGAUGAAGUUCAAACAUGACAAUGUCCAUCUUGUGCCUUAUCCCUACAUUUGCACGUUGUAUCUAGAAUUGAACUCAUUUCAGCAAAAUGUGGCUUGUGGUAAAGAAGUAAACAGGGGCAGUGAUGAGCUUGUCAGGAGAAGAAGUGAAAUAUCAGAAAGUACUGCAGUGGAAGAAGCAGCGAAGAGGAGGAGAGUGGAAGUUGGAGUGGAGAACUCAUGCCCACAAUUGUGUAUGGACAGCACUGGAGCUGACUCUCUUCACCAGAUGAAUAAAGCAGAGCAUGGAUUUGAAAAGAAUUCUUCCAAAGCAAAUGAGUGCAAGUUUAGCCCAGCGUCCCUUACUAAAGACUGGAAAUGUGUGGAAUCUGCCCUUGAACAAGGAACAGCAGCCAGUCAGGCUGAGGGUGCAGUGCAGCUGCUGCAGCAAAUGGACCAAACAGGAAAGGAGGGAAAUGGGAAGUCAGAAGGAAGAAGUCUCUCGGCAUUCUGGAGAAGCAUCAUCAUUUCGCCACUACAGCACCUUUUUGGUGGAAAGAACUGACCUGGUAGUACUAAUUGUUGUGGAAAGGUAAAUUUGUAGCAUGAUUGUUGGGUUGUGUUGUUUCUUCUGUAAUGCAGUUUUUCACGUCGCUCGUCCCGGCUGUUAAAAGCUUUAAAUUAAAUUCUGCUUCAUUUACAUUUUCAUAACGUUCUGAAGAUGCUGGGUUAGAAUGUCUUUUUCUUCACAACUUAAGAGUUUUUGGAAAUAAAGUAAAAAAAUGUUGAGGUUUGGAUCCUUAAGCGCCAUAAACUGUGAAUUUAACAUUUUGUGAGAUUCUAAUAAAGCAAACAUCGGCUUGGAA